AUCAUUUUGUAAUAGAGCACGAACAAUCGAGUGAUUCUGUUUUUUGCGAGUUCCAAUUUCAUGUAUCCUGCUAUUGAUGAGCAGCUCUCGGCUUUGAGUGGAGGCUUGGCAUCGCUCUUCGAAUGGAGCGGCCUGAAGCAGCCGAUAUACUUGGACUUCCAGCAGUUUCUGGACAGCCUCUCCAUUUCUCCCUUGGUGCCACCGGAAGUCCUUGAGGUGGCGCGCAAAGCGCAUGGCCUUCCGUAUCCGCCUCACUGGUCCGAAGAACUGGAUGCUGCUUCAGGUGCAUUGUAUUUCUACCACGAACUUCGUGACGAAUCCUCUUGGCAGCACCCGCUGACUGACACCUUUCGUGAGGUCUUGCACCAGGUGACCAGCUUUGCGGGGGAGCGGCUUCGACUGGAUCAGCUGGCUGGACGGAUUGAGGAGUCCUUGACGGAGAUCCAGGCUCGUGCCGCUGCUGAUUUGCAGCAAUGGACUGGACCGUUGGGAGACACGGAGCAGUACUACUACAACAAUGCCACAGGUUGCAGCACCUGGGAAGAUCCAUGUGAACGCUGGAGAUACGAUAUCCAUGUUCGCUACGACUUGCUGGUAGGCUUCCUCGUGGCAGAAGAGCGCAGGGCUCGCAGCUGCACAAGGGAGGCCAUGCCGGACUUGACUCACACGUUAACCUCUUUGGCCUCCUCAGUGAGUUCGGUGCAGAGCAUCUUAGCCAGCUCCUUGACGGCUCCUGAUUCCCUCCCAGGAGCUCCACAAUUCGUGGCGAUGACGGACCAGUCACUCUGUGAUCAGGUCGGUGCGGAUCCAGACGAUCCAGAGGCUGGAACGCGCUGGGCAAGGCCAAGGCCCAGGCGCAGCUGUUUGCCCUUGCCGCCAAAGGCGACUGGUGCCAGUGCGCCGCGACGUGCGUUGUUUUCCAUGCCGCCGCACCAGCAGCAGUAUGCCACGCAGGUGUUACAAACCGAUGCCCCUACUUCCGCGGGGUUUGCGGCUGGGUUCGCAGCUGCGGCGAAGAACGGCGCGCCUCCGCCACCGCCCUCGGAUUCACCGACCCGCUGGGCCGUUGGAUAGUGCCACCGCGUAUCGCGACGAGAAAGCUCGGA